AUGGCUUCUCAGCGACCAGCAGGGGGUAGCAGCGACAGGAGGUCGUACACCCCAAGGAACAACAGCUGGAGACACCAACCAUACAACCGCCAGAACCAGGUACAAAAUGUCAAUCAAUAUGAUGAUACUAACAAUGUUUACAGGAAUGAACGGGUCGUUUAUCCCCCCAUCUCCGAGUAUGGCUUCAACGUCGACAUCGGAGGCGUGGUGAACGCCCUUCAAAGUGUAGGUGGUACCGUCAGAUGGCCUAAGAAGCGCGACAGACCAGACUCUACGAAGGACAUGAGCAGGUGGUGCGACUUCCACCGCGACAAUGGCCACACAACCGAGGAAUGCAUCUCCCUCAAAAAGGAGGUAGCAUAUCUACUGAAAAGAGGCCACCUGAAGGACCUACUGAGCGACAAAGGAAAGGAGACGUACAACAAGGAUAUCAACUCCCAACCCAACCCAGCACCAAGCGGCGACCGACCGGCCCCGCCCAUGUUCGAAAAGGUGGUAAACGUUAUUUCUGGUGGUUCAGAUAUAUGUGGACUAACUUCUUCUGCAGCUAAAAAAAUCAACAGGGGCGAAUCUGAAGCCGUCAAAGAGGGGCAGACCGAAGACGAAGUAGCACUCGACAAGUCUUUAGCAGCGAUGAUAAUAACCUUCGACGACUCAGAUUCAACCGACACACAACAGGAACAUCAUGACGGGCUAGUCAUAUCGCUCCCAAUAGGCAACGCUCUCAUCAAAAGGAUAUUGAUCGACAACGGCAGUUCAGCAAAUGUACUGUUCCUAGAGGCUCUGCAAGAAAUGGGACUAGACGAAAAGAGUAUAAUCAGAAGGUCGACAGUCCUAGUAGGAUUCAGUGGAGAAUCGCUACGAACGGUAGGGGAGAUAUCGCUGCCUAUGUACGCAGAAGGUGUCAAUGUGAUGACCAAGUUCAAUGUCGUCGACUGCCCAUCAGCAUACAACGUCAUUUUAGGACGACCAUGGAUCCACAAAAUGAAAGCGGUGCCAUCGACAUACCACCAGUCAAUCAAGUUCCCAACCAAAUGGGGAGUCAUGGAAAUCAAAGGACAACAAAGAGACGCAAAGAAAUAUUAUGAAACGACGCUGAAACCAUCAAAGUCAUCCAUCUAG